UGGGGAAUGGGGGGUGGCCACCAGGGUGAUCCAAACACGAGCAAGGGUAAAUCCUGACUUAGAAAACCCGUGGUGGCCACUGGGCCGUGGGGUCCGCACACCCAGUGCCAGGUGAGGGCAUGACCCUGGGGCCCCCUUUCCCACCUCUGGUCCCCGAGAGUCUGAGCCCACCCCGGUGUGGAAACCCUGCCGUGCUGGCUUCCCGUGGCAGCUGAGGUGCAGGAAGCCGUGUGCACACGAGGCCAGCACACGCGGCCAGCACACGCGGCCAGCACACGUGGAGGGAGAGGACCCUGCUGCGGCCGUGGUCACCUGGGACGCAGCAUGGACACCAGGUCCCGGUGGGACCACCCGGUCGUCCCAGGCCAUAGGGCAGGUGAAGAGCCAUGUGCCCAGAGGAGGGUGGCAGAGGACUGCGGGAGCUUGGACUUCCCCCUCCCCACAUGACCCUGCUGCUUCCCUGCUUCUCCCUCCCUCGUGGCUACAGGUUACAGGUCACCUCUGGCCACACGAAGGGCAGGCUGCCCAGGGCCAGGUGGCCAUGGACCCGUGUUUGCCAGACUCUCUGGUCAUGAAGAGAAGACGUGAACCCCUUGCCCCCCCAUGAAGACUUUAGAUUCGGGCACGGUCACAAGUCUGGCCUCUUUGGCCUGCCCCCGUCGGCUCCACUGCCACAGCCUGAAGACCCCCCUGUCAACGGCUGCAACGGCCCGGCCCCCCCGGAGCAGGACGGAGAGGCGAUGCAGCUGGGGACAGGCCCUCCGCCAGCACCCUGCGGGGACCAGGCCCCCGAGACCACCGGCCCCAAGCCACCCCCGCCUUUCGUGCCACCGUUCCCGCCGUACUUUGAGGGCGCCCCCUUCCCUCCCCCACUCUGGCUGAGAAGCACUUACCGGCAGUGGGUACCACAGCCGCCGCCCCGGACCAUCAAGAGGACCCGCCGGCGCCUGUCCCGGAACCGUGAUCCCGGCCGGCUGGCCCUGAGCCCCAUCCGCCUGCGGCCGCGCCAAGUGCUCUGUGAGAAGUGCAAGAGCACCCUGAAUCCCCCCGAGGCUGGCCCCGGCCCCCCAGCUGCCCCUCAGCCGCGCCGCAGGGCGGGCAGCGGCCCCGGCCCUGACACAGAACCCCGCAAGCUCGUGAACCCUGACGGCGGAGGGGACAGCGCGGCCACCGCCAUGAGGAGGAGCAAGAGAGAGAAGAGGGAGGAGGACAAGGCCCGGGUGCCUCGGAGCCCGGCCAUCAAGAUCUCCUUCAGCACGCCGCAGGGCACGGGCGAGGUGGUGGAGAUCCCCCCCCGCGUGCACGGGUCUCUGGAGCCCUUCUGCCCCUCCCAGGCCCCACACGGGGGCGGCCAGGACCCCGCUGGGCCCCCCGCCUCCAUCCCCAAGCUAAAGCUGACGCGUCCCGGGCCCCCUGGCACCGGCCUGCCGCCCCCCAAGAUCCGCUUGAAGCCCUGGCCCCGGGGGGCAGGGGAGCGGGAGCCCGUGUACAGGGCCGAGCUGGUGGAGGCGCUCAACGGCCACGGGCGGGGUCCCCGGGCCGGCUCCCCCGCUCUCCUCGGCCACGGCUCUGCCGGCCGUGGGCCCGUGGACUCUUCUUCUGGAAGCUCUGGCGAGGACGAGGACUUCAAGCCAAGCGCCCAGGCUCAGCGUGGGCAAGAGGGCCUGGCUUUCCUCACCACCUGCCCCGGGAGGGGGCCAGGGUGCACCGGCGAGUCCGUGUGGAGCAGCGACAGUCUGGACGAGUCCAAAUCGUCCAGCUCGGAAGUCACGUUGCCAGACAUGUGUGACCUCUCGUCGGGCGACAGCGCAUCUGUGCGGUCCUCGUCCAAGGACGCGAGGCAGACGGUCCCGCCGCUCACGGUCAGGCUGCACACACAGAGCGUCUCCAAGUGCGUUACCGAGGACGGAAGGACGGUGGCCGUGGGGGACAUCGUGUGGGGUAAGAUUCACGGUUUCCCCUGGUGGCCAGCGCGUGUGCUUGACCUCAGUCUUAGCCAGAAGGAGGACGGGGAGCCCUCCUGGCAAGAAGCCAAAGUCUCGUGGUUUGGUUCCCCAACGACAUCGUUCUUGUCAACUUCAAAACUCUCCCCGUUCUCGGAGUUUUUCAAACUGCGAUUUAACCGUAAGAAGAAGGGAAUGUACCGGAAGGCCAUCACGGAGGCCGCCAACGCCGCGCAGCACAUGGCCCCGGAAAUAAGGGAGCUCUUGACCCAGUUUGAGACCUAGGUCUGGCGACCAGGUCAUGGACAAUGAGAGCACAGCUGGGCUGUUCUGGAACUUCCGACUUUGGGGUGCCCUCCACGUCCCCCAUUCCACCGGAGGGACCCGCGUGCCUUCUGGCCAGCUGCGUGCAGAAACGUGCCCCGCCCAGGGGGUCCGCCUGCCUGCGGUUCCCCAGAGAGAAGCAGGCGUGUCCCACGUGGAGGACAGCACCCCCGGGGCACGAGCUCCUCUGUGGAUGUAUUUGUUCCCCUCGUCAGACUCCGGGUGUUCUGGGCUGUGAAGUUCCGGGAGCCCAGCGACAGCCCCACUGCUGCCACCUCGCCUGCAGAGUGGGGAGCAGAACCCCAGUGUCAGGCCUCGGGGCCAGGCCCAGCGCAGGGUCUCUGUGCCCUUGAGAACCGGGCAGCCUGCCUCCCCUAUGUCCCUCCCAAAGCUGGGGUCCUGCCCGGCGCCCAGCCCCUGCCCUCAGGGGCCGCCGUGCCCCCCCACCCCUGCCUGUGCUGUGGGCCUGGGGUGGCUGCCGCUCGGGGACCGCUCAGACGCCCACAGGAAAGCGACCUGGCCCUGCGUGUGUACCAACAGGCUCCUCUCUCCUUUCUGUCACUUUAAAGACCAAAAAGAGAAACAGAAAAUGGCUUCUGCUCUUUGUUGAAACGUGAGCGAGAAUAAAGGAAGGUCUGCACAGAGGCUGUGCCCGGCCCUCCCGGGGGCGUCCCGGGGGUCGGGGAGGAUGUCUGCGGAGGGACACGGCAGCUUUGAGGAGCAGGUGGCCCCAGGGGGAGUGGGGGUGCGCCCCCUUCCCUGCCUGCUCCCUGUGGCUCCCCUGGGCUGGGCAGCCUCGUUCUCCGUCCCUCCAGGGAUGCCUGCCAUCUCCUGGCUUCCUGGCCGGCUUAUUCCAGCCGAGGGGCGCCCCAGGGAGGACUGUGACAGCUUGGCCUGUCCCUGGCUUUACCGGAGCACACUGAGGGCCCCGCUGCCCCAGCAUCCCGGCUUGAGGCCAGGCUGGGACGUGUGCUGGCGAGGGCGUCUUUCCUCCUGGCUCCUGUGGUUCUGGCCUUGACUCUUCCAAGUUGGGGGAGCGCAGAGCCGUGAUCCCCCUGGAACGAGACCCUCAGAAGGAGCUGUUCUGUCCAGACCCCUCCUGCUCUUCACCCCAGGCCCCCGCUGGGGAAGCCUCCCGUGGGUCCCACAGGCUGUGGCGGGGGUGCUUCAGGGACGGAGAGUCAGUACCACCUUCCCCUUGCCCCCCCCCCAAGAAGCCCCCUCCCUGCCCUCGCUCCGCGGGUCCAGCCGAACCCGGACCCUCUGUGCUCACAGCUGCCCACGGGUCUUUCCCGCCGGCUGAGCCCAGACCUUGGGUGCCCAGGGCUGCCGUGCCCACUGGGAGGUGACGGCUGGGUUGGGGGCCAGGGGCACUGCCAAGGCAGGGAGAGGGCGUUCUUGAAAAGCUAGGCACGGCUCCU